AUGCCCAAACUUCUCCUCAUUUCAUUUUUCCUAUUCACCAUUCCCGCAGCCGCGGCUGCGGCGGGCGUCGCUUCGAACGAUUUAUUAAUUACCCGACCCGGCGAGAAAUCGGCGAUAAUCCGUUACUACGUCCACGGCGCCUCGGGAGGGCCGAGCCAAGGCAUAUACGAGGUUGCAAAAGCAUCGGUUACGGAUUCGUCGCCGACGCAAUUUGGGCAAUUGAGCGUCCUCGAUUGUACGAUCACGGCAGAUUACGACGAGAACUCGACCGAGUUAGGGCACGUGCAAGGCAUGAUGAUGUCGGCGGAUCGGCGGGAACGGGCAAUGGCGAUGGUGGUGAAUGUGGUGUUCACGGCGGGGCCGUACAACGGGAGCUCGUUGAGCGUCUUGGGGAGGAACCCGCUCGAAAUUACGACCGGGCGGGUCCUUCCGAUCGCCGGAGGGUCCGGGACCUUCUUGAUGGCGAGGGGAUAUGUUCUGGAGAAUACGUAUUCGUUUGAUCCUGUCGAGAAUAGUUUUGUCAUGAAUAAUACGGCCUAUGUCUAUUAUGGAGACUAUACGAGUGUUCGAGGAAGUUAA